AAGGUGGACCUUUUGGAUUGGUAGUGGUAGCGCUGAAUCUUUUCUUUUGUGGCAUAGGGCUUUGGGGACAGGUCGAUGAAAACAAGCGAUGAACAUGGGCGCUACAAUCCCUACGCCAAAUUGUUCCUCACCGCCCUCUCCGCCAUGGUGGCGGAAUCCACCACCUUCCCCAUAGACCUCACUAAGACCAGGCUUCAGCUUCACGGCGAGUCUUCCUCCUCCUCUCGCUCCACAAAUGCCUUCAGACUCGCUUCAGCUAUCGUCAAGGACCAAGGUCCCUUUGCCCUCUACAAGGGAUUGUCUCCGGCGAUUCUCAGGCACCUCUUCUAUACCCCCAUACGAAUCGUCGGGUAUGAACACCUACGAUCCCUCUUCCUUGCGUCCGAUGGCGGCUCUGUUCCCCUCCAUGUCAAGGCCCUUGUCGGUGGACUCUCCGGCUCCAUUGCUCAGGUAGUGGCAAGUCCUGCUGAUCUUGUUAAGGUGAGGAUGCAAGCUGAUGGGCGUCUAGUGAGCCAGGGUCUGCAACCCAGAUACUCAGGACCUCUCGAUGCCUUAACCAAGAUAGUGCACGGAGAAGGGAUUAUUGGACUUUGGAAAGGGGUUGUCCCAAAUGUUCAAAGAGCAUUUUUGGUUAACAUGGGAGAAUUAGCGUGCUAUGAUCAUGCUAAACGUUUUGUUCUUCAGAAUCAAAUAGCUGGAGAUAAUAUUUUUGGCCAUACCUUUGCUUCUGUAAUUUCAGGUCUGUGUGCAACUGCUUUGAGUUGUCCAGCUGAUGUUGUAAAGACAAGAAUGAUGAAUCAAGCUGUUAGCAAGGAAGGAAUUGCCAAGUACAACAGUUCGUAUGAUUGCCUUGUUAAGACUGUUAAAGUUGAAGGAUUGAGAGCUUUGUGGAAGGGGUUUUUUCCUACUUGGGCUAGGCUUGGUCCUUGGCAAUUUGUCUUCUGGGUGUCUUAUGAGAAGUUUCGCAAACUUGCUGGGUUAUCUUCCUUCUAGUUAAUCAUUGUGUUUUUUGUGCCAAAGCAAGUAAACGUAGAGAUAUUGAAUGGCUUUGUCAUAAGCAGAACUAGUUUUUAAGUUUAUUUGGUAUCAGAAUUGUGGAUCCGGUCCUGUAGAUUGAUGACCCGAAAUUGGAGGAAAAUAAAAUAUACCCUACUUCUCAAAAUAAAAUAUACCCUAUUUAUGUGAAA